AGUGGCUGAAAGCCUCCUGACGCUCACACACCACACAUUUACUCUCUAUCAUCAAACUUCAAACAUCCAUAAAACCUCAGAAAAGAAGAAGAAGAAGAAGAAACUUCAAACACACUGCUAUCUCUGUUUUCGUCGGUUUUAGAAACAGGUGUUUUUUUUUGUGAAAUGUGACACGUUGUGUUGGGGCCACGCCCUCUGACGCUCCACGUGACGUCACGUCGGAAGAACUGCUGCUAACAACUUCUGCCUCCUGUCUUCUCUACCGGAGCAACAGGAAGAAGCGUCCGGUUCUUGUAAUCUGAGACAAACCGAGUUGUUUCUCUGUUUGUUUGUUUGUUUGUUUCUAGGCAGGGCGAGCCGCUGACCGCCCGGUUUUAAACCGGACGACGUUAAACUGAAGAAGAAGAAGAAGAAGAAGCAGCAGAAGAAGAAGAAGAAGAAGAAGAAGAAGCAGCAACAGGAGGUGUAGCUGAGCUGUCAUGGCGGACAUCUCCAGGAUCAAAUAAACGUAACUUGAAGCCAAAGCAAAGACAGCGUUCACUCGUGUCCGUUGUUCCAUGGAUUAACCGGGGCUCGGCAGGACUCGGUAGGACUCGGUGUCGCCCUUCCUGAAGCCGUAUGGCGACCACUCAAGCCCGGCUAGGACAGCAGGCCUUAGCGGUGCUGGACGUGGUUCUGCGAGUUCCCUGCAUCUUCAUCAUUGACGCCAUUUUUAACUCGUACUACGAGCCCGGUUCGGGCUGGGCCGGGGCGGUGCUGAAGGUGCUGCUCAGAGCCACAGGCGUCCUCGUCUCCACUGUGGUGCUGCUGCUCUCUCAGAAAGCCUUGUUCAAGUUCUACACACUCUUCUCCGCCGUGCUCCUCGGUGUGGCGGCCGUCCUCAUCAACUACUAUGCCACCUCCCACAUGGACUUCUACAGUUCCUACUACAAAGCAGCACUGGGCUUCAGGCUGCUGCCCAGAAACGGGCCGACGCUGUGGUUGGGCAUGGCUGCCGUCCAGCUGGCCUUCGGCGUGGGUUACGUGUUCCUGCUCAACCUGCAGUCGGUGUUUGCGGCACUGGUGGUGCUGGACAUCAUGAUCCCCCUGUGGGGGCUGAUCAUCGAGCUGCCCGCUGACGUGCGGCAGCUUGUGGCCGUGUUCUCGGGCCUGGCGCUGGCCCUGAACACGGCUGUGUGCCUCGCCAUGAGGCUGAAGUGGUUCUACUACUCGUGUCGCUACGUCUACCUGCUCGUGCGACACAUGUACAGGAUCUAUGGACUGCAGCUGUUGCUGGAGGACACGUGGAAGAGGAUCCGGUUCCCCGAUGUGCUGCGAGUGUUCUGGUUGACGCGGGUCACUGCCCAGGCGCUGAUCCUGGUCUACGUGGUGCGGGCGGUGAGGAGGGAGAGCGGCUAUGCCACGGGUGGCGCCACAGACGGGAGCUCGGACUCGCAGGGUUACCUGCUGAGCUGGGACGUUUUCUGGGAUCUGACCAGUAACCUCGUCAUCUCCGGCUGUGACUCCACCCUCACCGUGCUGGGAAUGAGUGCGGUCAUCUCCUCUGUCGCUCACUACCUCGGUCUCAGCAUCCUGGCCUUCAUAGGGUCGACGGAGGAGGAGGACAAGCGUUUAGGCUUUGUGGCCCCGGUUCUGUUCUUUAUCCUGGCUCUGCAGACAGGCCUGAGCAGCCUGGACCCAGAGGAGCGUCUGGUGCGACUGAGCCGCAACAUGUGCCUCCUGCUGACGGCCAUCCUCCACUUCAUCCACGGCAUGACCGACCCUGUGCUCAUGUCCCUCAGCGCCUCCCAGGUCUCCUCCUUCCGCCGCCACUUCCCCGUCCUGCUGGUGUCGCUGGCGCUGUUCGUGCUGCCCGUGGUGCUCAGCUACACCCUCUGGCAUCACUACGCCCUCAACACCUGGCUGUUUGCCGUCACCGCCUUCUGCGUGGAGCUGUGCCUCAAGGUGGCAGUGUCACUGACCGUCUACGGACUCUUCAUGGCCGACAGUUUGUCCAGUGUGCUGUGGGAGAAGCUGGAUGACUACGUCUACUACGUGCGCUCGACGGGCAACAUCAUCGAGUUCCUGUUCGGCGUCAUCAUGUUCGGGAACGGCGCCUACACCAUGAUGUUCGAGUCGGGCAGCAAGAUCCGCGCCUGCAUGAUGUGCCUGCACGCCUACUUCAACAUCUACCUGCAGGCCAAGAACGGCUGGAAGACCUUCAUCAACCGCCGCACUGCCGUCAAGAAGAUCAACUCCCUGCCGGAGAUUCACGGCGACCAGCUGAGCGACAUCCAGGACGUGUGCGCCAUCUGCUACCAGGAGUUUGCAACGUCCGCCCGCCUCACGCCCUGCCACCACUACUUCCACGCGCUGUGUCUGAGGAAGUGGCUCUACAUCCAGGACACGUGUCCCAUGUGCCACCAGAGAGUUUAUGUGGAGGACGAGAACCGCGACAGGGCCGCAUUCUCCAACAACAACGGGGCGUACGCCGCACCGCAGGAUGCCGACGCGGCCCCGCAGGCACCAGGCGAAAACCAGCCGGCACCCGAGCUGCCGGCAGAGGGAGGGGCAGCCGGCGGCGCACAGGCCACAGGGGGAGGAGAGGCGGAGCUGCUGGAGGACAACGACAGCAUCGAGUACGACGAGGACGAGUGGGGGACACAAAAUGGCAGCACGCCGAUAGAAGAAGACUAUAUCAAUGACGACACAGACUCCACCGAGGACUGACCACAGAAGAUCUAUAGAGAAAAAAAAGUCUUUAUUAUAUUUAAGUUAAAAACAAACAAAAAACCUUCAGGGAAGUCACGCCUGUUUUCUCUUUUCUUUGUUAGUUUCUUCACAUUUGAUUUAGAGUUUCACUCUGCAACGACUCUGGAAGAGAAGCUGCUCUGUGUCUGUGUGUGUGUGUGUGUGUGUGUGUGUGUGGACAAGGGGCUAUAUGAUACCUUUUCUUCAAUGAAUUGAUCCCAGAGCGAUCUGUGAUCCUUGAACAUCGAUGCCUCAAAGUUAAGAACCUUCACACGUCGCGCUGAGAAAUUAAUUUGAGGCUAAAAAACAGUUUAAAUGAAUUCACUCUUCACAUUUGGAGUGAUUGAUUAGAAAUGGUCAAAAGAAUUAGUUCCACAGGAAGUGGGGGCUGGGAGAUUAGAGCCAAAGCCUUAUCACAAUAAAAGGUUCAAAUCAGUUUGCUUUAGAAAGAAACCAGAAAAUAUUCACAUGUAAUUAUUGAAAAAACACUCAAGCGAUUAAUCGAUCACCAAAAGAGUUUGCGAUUGAUUGACGAGUUGUUGAAUGAUCUCCCAGCUCGAACAUAUGAAGAAAAACAUUUAAAACCAAACCAAAUAAAUCGAGAGUAAAAGCUAAAUCAUCGUCUAAAUCAUCAUCGUUAAUCACUGUAAAACGCAUUAAAAAUAUUAAUUAAUGCGUGAGAAAUGCAUCUGGUGUACGAAGGUGCUUACUGUGUGUGUGUGUGCGCCCGCGCGUGUGCGUAAUGUCUUGAGGAUGACGUUCACUUUGCUGAGUAUGUCGGUUUAUAACCACGUGAUCGGAGGGGGAGGGAGUAAACAAAAAGAAGGUUUUUAUUAUCUCUGUUUAUCCAACAGCUGCCACAGUGAAGAAGUAAAGAAAAACAAACUAACA